AUGGCGCUGGUGGCCUUCUGCAGAGACACCCCACAAAUUUUGUCUCCUCAAUGGCAGUACCCGCAGCUCGACGACAGCAGCAGCAGCAGCAGCAGCAGCAGCAGCAGCAGCAGCAGCAGCAGCAGCAGCAGCAGCAGCAGCACGGAUAGCCUCUCCUCUUUCAGUUUUAUAUCGAAGGAGAUAAGCAGCGAUGCUCCUGCAUGCAUUGGGGUGUAUCUGCUGCCUGUGCUGUAUGUGGUAUUUACGAUUCGUGCUCGAACAGCAGCAGCAGCAGCAGCAUCAUCAGCAGCAGCAGCAUCAGCAGCAGCAGCAGCAGCAGCAGCAGGAGGAGUAUCUCCUUUCCUGUCUAUCAAUAUCCUUCUCCUUCUCUGUCUCCUUCUGUCUCCUCUCCCCCACCCCCAGCAGCAGCAGCAGCAGCAGCAGCAGCAGCAGCAGCAGCAGCAGCAGGUGGUGGUCGUGGUGCGGGAGCUGGGAUCGCAGCAGCAGCAGCAGCAGCAGCAGCAGCAGCAGCAGCAACUCCUACUCCAGCACCAGCAGCAGCAGGAGGAACAGCAGCAGCAGCAGCAGCAGCAGCAGCAGCAGCAGCACGAGCACAUGCAAAAUAUUAAUGAAGGAAGACAACAAACCACACACGCACAGUACUAUCACCACCAUAAACAACACUCACAGCAGCAGCAGCAGCAGCAGCAGCAGCAGCAGCAGCAAUACAGUGCAGCAGCAGCAGCUGCUGCUGUCAGGAGAGGUGUCUUAGAAAACAUACAGCGGCUGCGGCAGCGGGGCAGCCUGCGGCGUGCUCGUCCCCCUGCUGCUGCUGCUGCUGCUGCAGCAGCAGCAGCAGGAGGGGGGGGAACACCUGCUUCUGCUGCUGCUUCUCCCACAGCAGCAGCAGCAGCAGCAGCAGCAGCAGCAGCAGCAGCAGCAGAGAGGGAUAGAGAGAGUGUUUCUGUGUAUGAAGGGAGAGAACUAGGAGACUCGCUGCUGCUGCCGAGCAGCAGCACAACCACCGGGGUGUAUAGAUCUAGCUUUUCUUUUGAUAGUAUAGAUGACGAUGCAGCAGCAGCAGCAGCAGCAGCAGCAGCAGCAGCAGGAGAUAUGAAUUACUUUCCUUCUACCUCCGCAGCAGCAGCAGCAGCAGCAGCAGCAGCAGCAGCAGCAGCAGCAGGGGGCAGACGCGCUGCAGCACUGUCGAGGAGACAAAGACAUUUUAUAAGAGAUAUUCGGGUGUAUAGGCACCUCCCUGUGAAGGGUCCUGGCUGCUGCAGCAUCCUAUAUCGUUUGCUGCUGCUGCUAUGGAGCAGCAGCAGCAGCAGCAGCAGCAGCAGAGACAGACUGUCUGCUGCUCUCGAUUCUGUCUCCUUUCUCACGUACAGCCAGCAGCUGCGGCUUGCUGCUGCUUCGUUGCUGCAGGAUAUAUUACAUCUGCUGCUCGUGCUGCUGGGGUUCUGUUCUUUUGCUUUUGUCUCUAUCCAGCAGCAGCAGCAGCAGCAGCAGCAGCAGCAGCAGCAGCAGCAUAAGGAUUUUUUUCCUGUUACACCAUGGCAAGAACUAGGAGACAGAGACAAAGCUCUCGGGCUGUUGUGGGGCGUCUCCGUUUUUUUUUGUUUUUUUAGUUUUAUAUGUGAUGCUCCUUUUCUGGAUUGUCUCUUUUCUUCUUUUUGUUUUGCUGCUCGUCAGCUGUCUCGUUUGCUGCUGUAUAGAGACCUAGGUUAUUUUUAUUUAUCUGGUGGUGCUGCUGCUGCUGCAGCAGCAGCAGCAGAAGCAGCAGCUAGUGCAGCAGAGGAAGCAGCAGCAACAGCAGCAGCAGCAGCAGCUGCAACAGCUGCAGCAGGAGGACCUGUUGCAUCUGUUGCAGCGCAAUCAGCAGCAGCAGCAGCAGCAGCAGCAGCAACAGCAACAGCAGCAGCAGCAGCAGCAGCAGAUGAAGAUAAUACAAGUGUGUUUAAAGCUAAAUAUGCGACAGUGCAUGCGCUAGCUGCGGAGACAGGGGGGCUGGCUGUGUCUCUCUAUCGAACGUAA